AAAAGGCCGCGCAAUAGUGUAUAUACACAUGUACUGUGUUUAUGUAUCACAACUCUUCAUUCAUACUCACAGAUUGGGUAUUCGAAGUUUGGUGUUGGAAUCUUCGGAUACUUUGAGGGUCACUGGCUUUUCUUUGUCCUUGUGGCAAAAUGCUUGGAAGGCUUUGGAUGCUGUCGGUGUUGGAGACAAACUCCGCCGCAACCAUCAACGACUUCAUGGGAUUGUCACCACUUCACUGGUUACUGGGAAACAAAUAGUAGCCAAGUCUUUCAAAUCCACAGAAAGCCAAGAAGGUAUUGAAAUUCGUUGUGUUCAAAGAACAAAAGUGUUGGAAGUCCUUGUGAAUGAGCUUCCAAAAGAAACCAUCAGAUAUUCCUCAAAAGUUGUUGGUUUUGAGGAAUCUGGUUUCUAUAAGAUACUCCAUCUUGCUGACGGGACAACCAUCAAAACCAAGGUGUUGAUUGGGUGUGAUGGAGUGAACUCCCUGGUGGCAAAAUGGCUAGGCUUCAAGGAGCCGUCUUUUACUGGGAGAUUUGCAAUCAGGGGUUUUGCACAGUUCGAGACCAACCAUGGAUUGGAGCUGAGGUUCAUGCAGUUUUUUGGCAAUGGUGUUCGAGUUGGUGUUGUUCCUUGUAAUGAAAAACAGGUCCACUGGUUUUUCACUUGUAUACCCUCCAGCCAAGAGCUAAAGGAGCUGAAAGAGGAUCGUGCUAAAUUGAAACCAUUUGUGUUAAAAAAUCUUGAGAACAUGCCGAGUGCUGUUAGAGCCUGCAUAGAAAUAACAGAUGCAGAUGGUUUUCUAUCGUAUGCACUGAGAUAUAGACAAACAUGGGAUCUGAUGAUGGGGAAUAUUAGUAAGGGCAAUGUUUGUGUUGGUGGAGAUGCUCUGCACCCGAUGACUCCUGAUCUUGGGCAGGGAGCGUGUUGUGCUUUGGAGGAUGGGAUUGUUUUGGCAAGAUGCUUAGCUGAGGCAUUUUCGAAAGAGAAAGAGGAAGAAGAGGUGCAUUUUAAGAAGAUUGAGGAAAGUUUGAAGAAAUAUGCAAAGGAGAGAAGAUGGAGAGCAGUUGAUGUUACUACUACAGCUUACAUGUUGGGUUCUAUUCAGCAGGCUGAGUCCAAGUUGGUUACCUUUUUAAGGGAAAACAUCUUGCCUACGUUCAUGGCUGGUCAAUAUCUUAAGAAGGCAGGUUAUGACUGUGGGAAGUUAAACCGUUACUAGACUACACCAUCAUUUUGUAAAAUGAUUGGUAGGGGUAACUUAAUGGGUUAAAUGAUGCAAUGGUGUUUGAAAAUAAAUGUUACAUAUAUAU